AGCAUCAUCCGGAGCGAGAGCACUUACAAUGAAAAAUCGUGGACGUGUAAGGGUAGGUCGAACCCUUUUUUUUCUGUUUAAGAAGACACGCGUGGUUACUAGUGCUAAGAGUGAUAGAAAUUAGGCAGCCAACUGAUUGCGCCGGCUUGGCGCUUCCGCGCCUUCAUUCCAGAAGGUCAUGACUAGUAGUAAAACCUGACAGCCUUGUUUGUCUAUAAAUCUGGUCAGGAAUUCUUCUCGCAAGUGUGCGUUGGCAAGUGCGUAUUAAACAAUCGGGUCAAGACAUGUUCAUCAUUCUUGACAUUGUAAAGCCCACACACAACGCCAUCCAGGCACCAGAGUCAAUAUGUCUCACAUACAAUCUUGACAUUCUUUGGGUUUUGUAGUACAACAUAUAAGCUUGGCCAUAGUCUUCUCAGCUAUCAAUAUCAACAUCUCCGACUUUCAUAAACUUCAGUGUUGUACCAUAGUCGCGCCACCGAAUCUACCCUCAAAAAUGUCUGACAGUGAUUCCUCCAGUAUUGAGGAAGCCGUUGUUGGUAUUGUAUUAACUGCUACUUCAGCACCCAAUUAUUCCUUGGCAGUGAAGUCUGGCCAAUCCGCAAAAGCUGACAGAGAAGCAAAAAAGGUAGCAAAGGAACAAGAAGCUAAGAAAGCAGAAGAAGCCAAGAAAGCAGAAGAAGCCAAGAAAGCAGAAGAAGCCAAGAAAGCAGAAGAAGCCAAGAAAGCAGAAGAAGCCAAGAAAGCAGAGGAGGCUAAGAAAGGGGAGGAGAUCAAGAAAGAGGGCACCGACAAAUAGUGGACUGCUCAAUGGCAAGUGUAAUGGCCAC